UAAAUGUUUACUGCUCCAAUUGUAUCUCCAUUUUUACACUUCGAAGUUUGAUUAUGGUUAGACUUAGAUCUUCUUUUAAAAGAGGCAGUCUAUUCUUGAGAAAACACAGAAAAUGGCCACACUCCCCUUACAAAUCCCAAUGGCACCAAAUUUUCCACCAACAGCAAGCUAUGCAUAGCCUUAAACAAGCAUCCAUAUCACCGCCAAGAACCGCUGAUAACAGCCCUCCUUAUCUUCUCUCUUCUCUAGUCAACUCCUUUGCCAUCUAUAACUGUGAACCUACUCCUCAAGCUUAUCAUUUUCUCUUCAAAACCGUCACCAAGACCUGUCAGCUCCAUCAAAUUCCCUUAAUUCUUGACCAUCUUGAAAAAGUUGAAAAAUUUGAGACUCCCCAAUUCAUUUUGGCGUCUUUAAUUGAGUUUUAUGGCAAUUUCGGUGAUAUGCAAAAUGCUAUUCAUUUGUUCUAUAGAACACCUAAUUUUAGAUGUGUUCCUUCGGUGUAUUUACUCAAUACUUUGCUUUCAGUUCUUUGCAGAACCAAUGAAGGUCUCAACUUCGUUCCUGAGGUUUUGUUGAAGAGUCAGGACAUGAAUAUUAGAAUGGAAGAAUCAAGCUUCAGGUUGUUGAUUAAUGCACUUUGUAGCAUUAACAAGGUUGGUUAUGCUGUUGAGAUGUUUAAUUGCAUGAUUAAUGAUGGGUUUAGUGUUGAUUCGAAAAUAUGUUCUUUAUUAUUGUCUUCACUCUGUUAUCAGGCUGAUAUAAGUAGUUCUGAGGUUAUGCGUUUCUUAGGAGAGUUGAGGAAGUUUGGGUUUUGUCCUGGAAUUAAAGAUUAUAGUAAAGUUAUUAACUUUUUAGUGAGAAGGGGAAUGGGUAUGGAGGCUUUGAAUGUUUUGAAUCAGAUGAAAUUAGAUGGGAUCAAACCAGAUAUUGUUUGUUAUACUACGGUUCUGAACGGGGUUAUUGCCAAUGGGGUUUAUUCGAAGGCAGAUGAGUUGUUUGAUGAAUUGCUUGUAUUUGGUUUGGUCCCUGAUGUUUAUACUUACAAUGUGUAUAUUUAUGGUUUGUGUAAGCAAAACAAUGUAGAAGCAGGAAUUGAAAUGGUUACUUCUAUGGAGGAGUUAGGAUGUAAACCUAAUUUGAUUACGUAUAAUAUAUUAUUGGAGGAUUUGUGUAAGAAUGGAGAGGAUAGCAGAGCUAGGGACUUGGUAAGGGACAUGGGUUCGAAGGGCAUUGGGCUAGGCAUGCAGACAUAUAAGGUUAUGAUUCAUGGUUUGACAAGUGGUGGUAAAAUUGUAAAAGCUUGUUCUUUGUUGGAGGAAGCAUUGGAUAAAGGUUUAUGCCCUCGAGGUUUAAGAUUUGAUGAGGUAAUUUAUGGAUUGUGCCAAACUGGAUCAAUCUGUAAAGCACUGGAAUUACUUGAGAAAGUGGUUAACAAGAAUGUUUCUCCUGGUGUGAGGGUUUGGGAAACCCUUCUUCUCAAAUCCAAUAUUAAUUUUGUAGAGGAUACUUUCAUUGAUCUGGUGUGGGUUUGGGAAACUCAUCCCCAUUGCCAGAACAAGUGACAGCCUGCUGAACCGUUUUUCCCAUGCAUAAAUGGUUGGAAAGUUGUUACAUAUGGCAUCGGUGCUCGUUUGAUCAAGUACAAUGUGAAUUUUAUAGACUACAUUGAUUUGUUAAGUGGAUAUAAAUCUUGAGAAUUUAUCAACUGAACUUUUGGACUUCUUGCUAAAUAUUAAAACUUGGCUACUGAGUGAAGUUUAAUCUUCAAGAGUCAAAACUUCAAAUCCACCUGAAUAAGGGUGGAAGUACAGGAUGCUUUAGUAUAAGUGCACCGACAUAAUUUUAGCAUCCUUAUAUUCUCGUUCUCGUUGCAUAUUCAAGUCAGUGGGACUAGUAGUGCUGUUUUCAUAGUCUAUCCAAUCAGCUGGGGAAGAAUUUCUGAUGGUAUACCUUUAGAAGUUUCUAGUACUUUUAACUUUACAAGUGUAUUCCUUGCUGGGCACAGCAUCCUUUAUGUAUAUAUUCACUUGUUAAGCAUUCCUGGAACAUUUUGUAGCUUCGUAUUGAGCUCUGUGAGUGGUUCUCUGGUAAACACUAGCUGUAUCAGGAAAACUGCAUAAAUGAAACUGCUAAUGCGGAUUAUGCAUCUGAUCAUUUGGAUUGUGGAAGACACUCGUAUAGAGCUGUUCAUCAUU